AUGGCACAAUCACAAUUGCACCUUAGCUCUGGAGGAAUUCCCAAUGGAUUCAAUAUCUUGGCUUUGUAUAAUCCCAGGUACAAAUAUAAUGCACUUAUGUUAAUGUCAACUAAAAAGCGACCUGUUAAAAAUGUGAUCAAAAACAAAUCGCCCCCUCGCCCUCCAAAUCUAUUUUUUCUCUUUAAAAAUGCGUUUAUGUUGGAGUUCAAGGAACAAUUUCCACAACAAUUUGAAAAAUUAAGUAUGCCCAACUUGUGUAAAUGCACACAGGAGCUUUGGAAGACUAUACCGAGUGAAGUGAAAGCUGCAUACGCUAAGUUAGCGGUGGAAGCACAGUCGAUCCAUAAUGAACUUUAUCCGGAUUAUGAGUAUAAACCUCGUAAAAGAAAUGGUGUACGCGCUCAAAAAGACAGCCCAAUGAGUGGGAACUUAGUGACGUUUAGCAGUACAUCUUUGUAUGAUACAUUAAGUUCGGAGAAUUCAUCUUCAAUUCUUCAGAAGGAAGAUCCACAAAUUACUAUAUCACAAAUUACUACAUCACCAGUUCUGGAACCACAAAUUACAUCACCAGUUCCGGAACCACAAAUUACAUCACCAGUUCCGGAACCACAAAUGGUUAUUUCACCAGUUGCUACACCUACUACUUCAUUUAUUAAUUCAUCUACUACUACUUCACUUAUUAAUUCACCUAUUACUACUUCACUUAUUAAUUCACCUAUUACUACUUCACUUAUUAAUUCACCUAUUACUUCAUCUACUACUACUUCACUUAUUAAUUCACCUAUUACUCCAUCUGAGGGAUCACCUCUUGUUCCGGAGCCAAGAUUUGUUAUGUCUCCUGAUGAAGUAUUUGGAUUUCCUUCGGGUGGAUCACACUUCAUUUCUCCUGAUGCAUCAACAUUUGUUUCUUCGUUUGACGAAUUAGUAAAUUUGGUUGGUGAAUCAAUUAUUUCUGGAGGAGCGUUAGGAAUUGACUUUCCCAAUAGAUUCGACAAUAUUAUUAUUCCACCUAUUUCUUAUGACAAUAACUCUUUUCCUGGCGUAAAUUACUCCAAUUAUAGUAAUAACUCUAUGCCUGAUGAAUUUGCAUUUUUAGAGGACU